GGCCCUUUCCCGAUUUUCCAGCUUCUACCUUAGUAUUGACAAUGAAGACUUGGGUAGCGGCGAGUAUGCUGGUGCUGAUCGGCCUUCUCCUCUGUCAUCUCCAGGUGUCUACUGCCCUUGAAGGCUCUGGGACCCUUGCUAUGCUGGAUGUGACUGACGUCUCGUAUUCUACUCUACCAAGGCAGGAUGAUGUCACCAGACAAAUAUAUACCAGUAGCGGCUUUAGAUUUGGAAAUACCGUCUACUACAGCAUCUACGUUAAUACGAAUGGAUUCAUUUCGUUGGGGACGAAUGAUGAUGGCACCUCGCCAAGUAUACCUGGUUCGAACUCCGUAAUCUCUCCGUACGGAGCCGAUAUUGACACGAGGAUAGCUGGGACGGUGAGAUACACUGGAUUCACGAGUAGCCAUCCUCAGAUGUCCUCUGUCAGUCAAUUCAUUCGCUCUAACACCGAAGACUACUCUUUCACCGGAACCAGAAUGAUGGUGGUGGAAUGGGAUGGAGUGGCCAAGUACGGUGGAAGCUCUUUUGCCACCAGCACCUUCCAAGCAGUUCUGAUCACUGAUGGCUCAGCCUCCUAUGCCGUGUUCAUCUAUCAGUGUGGAGGGAUGGAGUGGAGUGGAGCUACAAUUGGCUGGGGUUACUCCAGAGACCUUUACGAGGAGCACAGUCUCAGUGAAACUUCUUAUUCCAACGAUAUUGGCUGCAGUUACUCCUCUACCUCAAGUGCUAUCAUUUACGACAUCUAUAGUUAUAGCACAGAUGGUCCAACGACAUAUCCGACGACAUAUCCGACAACAUAUCCAACGACAUAUCCAACGACAUAUUCAACGUCCUAUCCAACAUACCCUAGCUACUGCUACAGCAGCUAUGAAUUUGAGUGUGACAACGGACAGUGCGUAUCUGACAGCUACAGGUGUGACGACUAUGACGAUUGUGGAGACAACAGCGACGAAGAGGGAUGUGGUACGUCUUAGCAACAUUUAUUACUCUGCCUACUCAGUGAAUGGUGUGGCCUUGCCCAUGUCAACUUGCAUGUGGACAUCAAUAGUAUGUAUGUACCCACAUGUGAAACUGCAAGACCACGCAUGUGUGGUAUUCAUAGCAGCCUUUCUGCAACAUUCUUUUGCUGGGGUGGUAGAGCAAAGGGGGCAAACCCUGCCAUUAUACAAGUGUAGCUUGGUCCCCAUAAGAGCUGCUCGUCCUUGCUUUAGUUUUGAGAAGGCCACGCAGCACCCAACCAUUGCAGGGUGUAUGUAUGCAUCCUGGACUAAAGUCAUCUCGUCUGUGCAUUCUGCACAAAAGAAUUACAAUUGGGUGCACUACUUUUGCACAUUUGAGGGAAUGUGGCAGUAUAAAGGCUAAAUUUAGAAACGUUAGUAAAAGCGGAAAUUAAUUGCAUUCUUUCCCUGUGCCCCUAUUGAUUUGUUCUAUCUUUAGAAACAUUUCUAAAUUUAGCCCUUACUGACAUUCCAUUUAGAUUUGCAGCAAUGAUAUUGUGUUAAGUGCCUUUGUUUUGCAGUCAAUGUUGGACUAGCAGUGGGUCUGUCGGUUGCGAUCUGCUUCAUACUCAUCAUUGUCGGUGUGCCAGUGUGCGUGGUGGUGACUGUGUACUGGUCAAACAGGAGACGGCAGCGUUUGGUGCGGACUCGUAUCGUUGGUACCACACCAAUAGGCGGUGGAGCCACGACCGUGGUCUCCUCGACCGGAAACACGUCGUUCUCGGCUACUCCGACGGCUUACCCCGCACAGCAGCCAUAUUACCCCACUCAACCUCCCCCAGCUCCUUACCCCAGCCAGCCAGCUUACUCCACUCAGCCUCAAAUGAAGGAUGGAGAGGCCCCUCCUUCGUAUGAGACUGCUAGCACAUAUCCACCACAGGGGUAUCCCCAGUUCCAGCCUAAUCCAGUGGCUGCCUAUCCUCCUCAACCCUACCCUCCUCAGCCUCAGCCGGGAUAUCCUGUUGAUGUCCCGUAUCCAAUCCAGGGCAACCCUCCCCCGCCCCAGGAUCCUACUAUUCCACAAACAUGAGACAUUACUCAAUUUAUCACUAAAUACAGCAUGCAUUUAUUCUGUUAUAAUCCCUACAAAGCCCAUAAAGUGUGAAGUUUUCUUCUGAAUAUACUUGCCUUCUAUAAUGAAAAGCACUAUUAAAGGCAGUUUCAAAAAUGGGUGCGGCCACGUUUUGAGUAUUACGUAUUCGUUGAACUUUGCCACGCAGGGGCUACGCCCAUUUUUCCUUAAUAGCUCUAAAACGCUUCCGCGUACCGUAGGAAGCGGAGAAAACCGCUGCGCAUAGUAGAGACGGACGGU